AUGCAGCUGCUCCUGCUCGUGCCCCUGCUGCUGGCCCCGGCGCCCGGGUCCUCGGCUCCCAAGGUGAGGCGACAGAGUGACACCUGGAGCCCCUGGGGUAACUGGAGCCCCUGCAGCCGGACCUGUGGAGGGGGCAUCACCUUCCAGGAGCGCUCCUGCUACUCGCAGAGGAGAGAUGGGGGCUCCAGCUGUGUGGGCCCCACUCGCAGACACCGCUCUUGCCACAUUGAGAGCUGCCCCGAAGGUGCCCGAGACUUCAGGGCGGAGCAGUGCUCGGAGUUUGACAGCCACGAGUUCCAGGGCCGGAGGUACAAGUGGCUGCCCUACUACGGGGCCCCAAACAAGUGUGAGCUGACCUGCAUCCCCAAAGGGGAGAGCUUCUACUACAAGCACAGGGAGGCCGUGGUAGAUGGGACGCCCUGCGAGCCUGGCAAACUGGAUGUCUGUGUGGAUGGCAUCUGUCGGGUUGUCGGCUGUGACCACAUGCUAGAUUCAUCAAAGCAGGAGGACAAGUGUCUGCAGUGUGGGGGUGAUGGCACAACCUGCUACCCUGUCACCGGCACCUUUGAUGUCAGUGACCUCAGCAGAGCGGUGAAGAGCAUUCAGGGGGAGUACUACCUCAAUGGGCACUGGACCAUCGAGGCUGCCCACACCCUGCCCGUGGCCAGCACCAUCCUGCACUAUGAGCGCGGUGCUGAGGGGGAUCUAGCACCUGAGCAGCUCCAUGCCCGAGGCCCCACCUCGGAGCCCCUGGUCAUUGAGCUCAUCAGCCAGGAGUCCAGCCCUGGCGUGCGCUACGAGUACUACCUGCCCCUGAGCACCCCUAGGCCCAGCUUCAGCUGGAGCCAUGGCUCCUGGAGUGACUGCAGUGUGGAGUGUGGCAAAGGUUACCAGUCCCGCCCAGUGUUUUGCACCAUUGACAAUGAGGUCUACCCUGACCACAUGUGCCAGCACCAGCCACGGCCAGCAACUCACCGCCCCUGCAGCCUUCACCCCUGCCCGCAGACCAAGCGCUGGAUGAUAGGGCCCUGGACACCCUGCUCAGCCUCCUGCGGAGGUGGCUCCCAGUCCCGCUCCGUCUACUGUAUCUGGUCCGAUGGGGCUGGCAGCCAGGAGGCUAUGGAGGAGGCCCAGUGUGCAGGCCUGCCUGGGAAACCCGCUACCACCCAGGCCUGCAACCUGCAGCGCUGUGCAGCCUGGCGCGAGGAGCCCUGGGGAGAGUGUUCUGUCAGCUGCGGUGCUGGGGUCCGGAGGAGAAGCGUCACUUGCCGGGGUGAUGAGGGGUCUCUGCUCCAUGCAGCAGCGUGCUCCUUUGAGGACCAGCCACCUCUCACUGAGCCGUGUGUGCAUGAUGACUGUCCCCGCCCCAAUGACCAGGCCUGGCAUGUGGGUGCCUGGGGUCUAUGCUCCAAGAGCUGCAGCUCAGGCACGCGGAGACGGCAGGUCGUCUGUGCCAUUGGGCCAACCAGCCACUGUAGGAGCCUGCAGCUGUGGAAGCCUGCAGAGGUGGAGCCCUGUAACACGCAGCCCUGCCAUCUUCCUCCCGAAGUCCCCAGCAUGCAGGACAUGCACACCAGCCUCAGGGCCCCCUGGAUGUCUCUGGGCCCUCGGGAGGCCCCCACCUCAGAUUCCAGAGACCAGCGGUGGGCACCCCGGGAGCAACCCUUGGCGCAGGGUAACCCCAGAGGAGACCAGGACCCCCACCUACCGGCCCCAGGCCCAGCCUCUUCUCUGAGGCAGUCCCGGAACCAGCAGCCCCUGAGGUCUGGCUCGGGAUCCCAGGACUGCAGACACAGCCCCCACGGGUGCUGCCCCGAUGGCUACACGGCAUCUCUUGGGCCUCAGUGGCAAGGCUGUCCUGGGACCUCUUGUCAGCAGAGCAAGUACGGGUGCUGCCCUGACUGGGUGUCUGUGGCUGAGGGGCCCCAUCAAGCUGGCUGUGCAAGGUCUUAUGGCGAUGGCAACGCAGGGAGCAGGCCGGGGUCGAGAGCAGUGGCCUCCACAGCCCCCCAGGCCCACCAGCCCCAGGCCCAGCAGAAUGAACCCAGUGAGUGCCGGGGCUCCCGGUUUGGCUGUUGCUAUGACAAUGUGGCCUCUGCAGCAGGUCCUUUUGGGGAAGGCUGUGUGGGCCAGCCCAGCUACGCAUACCCUGUGGGGUGCCUGCUGCCCAGCGCCCUGGGCUCCUGCACAGACUGGGCCCCUCGCUGGUACUUCAUCGCCUCUGUGGGCCGGUGUAACCGCUUCUGGUAUGGCGGCUGCCACGGCAAUGCCAACAACUUUGCCUCGGAGGAGGAGUGCAUGAGCAGCUGCCGGGGCUCUCAGCAUGCACCCCGCCACCCCGAGCCUGGGGCCGCUGGCCAGAGCACCCACAGAGAUGGUGGCAGCGGCAGUCCUGGAGGCAAGCAGGAGGCCACUCAGAGAAAGCCUGGGCCCGGGGAGGCGCACCACACCCAGGACUCAGGAGAACGGCCCCUGGGGCCUAGCACCCCUGGACUGGGCGGAGAUGCUGGGCGGCCAGCACCACACUCCCACAGCUCCUCCUACAGGAUUAGCUUGGCGGCCUCAGAGCCCUCCCUGGUGCAGGCGCCCCUGGGACAGGAGGUGCGGCUCUUCUGCCCAGAUGUUGCCUCCAUGGACCUGCACACCAGGUGGCAGAAAGACGGGCAGCCCCUCUCCUCUGACAGACACAGGCUGCAGCCUGAUGGCUCCCUGGUCAUCAGCCCCCUGCGGGCAGAGGACGCUGGCACCUACAGCUGUGGCACCAGGCCAGGCCAUGACUCUUGGAAGAUCCAGCUUCGCAUCACAGGGGGUGACAGGGUGCUGUCUGAGGCUGAGCCAAGGCACUUCCCUCACACCAGGGACCCCGCCCAGGGCCACGGUCCUCAGGACUCCAGCCUAGGGAGGGAUGCUGGGCGCCUGGGGGCCAUCUCCUCCUCUCAUCCGUGGCCCACGGCCAGGCUGCGCCUGGACCACAACCAGCCUGGUGUGGUAGAUGCCCAUCCAGGCCAGCGAAUCCGGUUGACUUGUCGCGCUGAGGGCUUCCCACCCCCAACCAUCGAAUGGCAGAGAGAUGGGCAGACCCUCUCUUCUCCCAGAUACCAGCAGCAGCCCGAUGGCUCCCUGGUCAUCAGCCGAGUGGCUGUGGAAGAUGGCGGCUUCUAUGCCUGUGUUGCCUUCAGUGGGCAGGACCGAGACCAGCGAUGGGUCCAGCUCAGAGUUCUGGGAGAGCUGACGAUCACCGGGCUGCCCUCUACUAUGACAGUGCCAGAAGGUGACACAGCCAGGCUGCUUUGUGUGGUGGCAGGAGAAAGUGUGAACAUCAGAUGGUCCAGGAACGGGCUGCCGAUACGGGCCGAUGGCCGCCGUGUCUACCAGUCUCCAGAUGGCACUUUGCUGAUCCACAACCUGCGGGCUGGGGACCAGGGCUCCUACACGUGCAGCACCUACCUUGGAAGCCAGGCCGUCAGCCGCAGCACUGAGGUGAAGGUGGUCCCGCCAGCACUGGCCGCCCAGCCAAGGGACCCCAGCAGGGAUUGCGUGGACCAGCCGGAGCUGGCCAACUGUGAGCUCAUCCUGCAGGCCCGGCUCUGUGGCAAUGAGUAUUACUCCAGCUUCUGCUGUGCCAGCUGUUCCCGUUCCCAGCCUCAUGCUCAGCCGGCCUGGCAGCAGGGAUGAAGGCUGGCUCUAGCCCCAGUUCUGAAACAACUCAGGGCUGGGGAGAAGGGCAGGGAGACUCUCGCUCUCCCCUCUGUGGCUGGCAAAGGGAGUUAUCUCCUGGAGACAUUGCCCUCUCCUAUCCCCAUUCCGCCCAUUUAGCUUCAGCAGCUGCCAGACCAGCUUCCCUGACAGGACCACAGGUAGCUGUGUGGUCAAGAAGAGAAAUCUGGAUAAGGACACCCUUCACGUUACAACUUGCUGUCAGGUUCUCACUUCAUUUAGAGCUGGAUAGGGAGGGGCAUAACCAUUUCAGUUAACACUUACCUAACUCCUGCUGUGACAGGGAAGGAUUCUUUGCUAGAACUAGAUCUGGGGUCAAGCAGGCUAUUGCUGUAGUCUCUCAGCCUUCUAGGUAGUAAAUAGCAACCAGCUUCAAACCCCUCUAUGUAUAAGGUUAAUAGCAUAACGUUUGUGAAAGCUUUCAACAAAGCAAGGCUCAGUAUAGGGAUUUGGGAUGAAAGAGGAGCAGCUGCAUUAUUAUCUGAGCACGAAGGAACUGGAAAGGCACCUUCCUUUCAUUGGGCAGCUGGAGCCUGAAGCCCUCCUGAGGCCGACACGCAGGGCUGGCUGUGGGGACAGCCUCACGCCUGUAUGGAGAUGAUCUGUGCGCCUGCUCUGUAGUGGGACCACCAAGGAGCCUCUCCUCAAGUAGGAAUCUGUGAAGCAAAGUGUUUGCUGCCAGAUAAAAACAGCAACAGCAGGAUGGGGGGAACAAUGGAGGGGAGGGCAACGUAAUAAGCGGCUUUAGAAAUGGCUUGAGUUUGUGGAAGUCAUUCUUCAUCUCAGAACCUCCAGUUCCUUGCUGCUAAAAUAAGAGGCCUGGAUUCAGUGAGCUUCCGAGUCUUUUUCCACUUGAACUUUCUACAAAUCCUCCCGAGGGUUGGCUGGAGCCUAGUGACAGAGGUUAUUUGGGGACACAGGAAAGGUUUUUUAAUUACCAUGAUGCUGGCUGGGUGAGAGACACAUGGGCCAGAGCACAGGUCUUCUUUCCAUUUAAAAAAAUAUUAAGGAGCACUCCCUUUGAUUUACCAUGGCUGGUUUUGCUAUAGAAAUUGGAAAAGGGCUACUUUCUUGGACUCCCCAGUUCUUUAAACCAGUAUUUGGCCUACUGGUGACAUAUUUUCAGAAGGUAAGUUUGAGAUUAGCCAGCUCUUCUUGGAACUAAUCACAGAAUAGUGGGCUGAGGUUCAAGGUGUGAGUAAAACUCCUCUAAACCACUGGUUCUCAACCCUCUCCACACUGGGGGGAAAAACUGACCCAGGGGUUCCACUCUCCAGAGAUCUGAAUUUAAUUGGUCUGGAGUAUGGGCUGGGUAUGAGGAUUUAAAAGCGCCCCAAGUGAUUUUGAUAAACAUCCAAAGUUGUGAAUCACUGCUCCAGCCCUGGACAUCUGAUUGAGAAUCUUGUUCAAAUGCACAUUCUGCUUACAAGGUCUGGGGUGGAGCUGAGAUUCUGUCUCUCUAACCAGCUCUUAAGCAGCAAGAAUCUGAUGUUAGAGAUGCAUUUAGGAUCAACCAAAGCCUAAAGAAUGAACAAAAAUACGAAUUCUAAGAAUAUACUAGAGCCCUGGCCGGUGUGGCUCAGUUGGAGUGUCAUCCCGUACACUAGAGGGCUGUGGAUUUGAUCCCUGAUCAGGGCACAUACCCAGGUGGUGGGUCCAAUCCCCAGUCCAGGUGCGUGAGGGAGGCAGCCAGCCAAGCGAUGUUUCUCUCCCCCGUUCCUCUCUCUAAAAUCAAUUUAAAAAUAUAUAAAAAUACUAGAAAAUAAGAUUUUCUAGUCA